UAUUUAAUUUUAAUUAUAAUUGCUGCGUUUAAAUCAGUCAUUAUUUUUUUCAUAUGUGUGAUCAACAUAAGAUUUAUUUAAUUACGCUAGUUAUUUCUUGAAAUAUUUUUACUGAACUUGCAUCAGCUGAUAUUUUGUUGCUCUAAAAUUACUGUCGAUAAACUAAUUGAUUACUAUCCUUCAAAGGCAAGUUUUAGUAAUAAGUCAACCAUGUUUAUUAAUGGUUCAAAGGUGACAGAUGAUUUCUAUGACAAAGGAGCCAAUUACUGGAAAACUGUUGAUGCUACUAUUGAUGGAAUGCUCGGUGGUUUUGCUCACAUCUCAAACAUUGACAUUAAAGGUUCUAAAAAAUUUUUAUCCCAAUUUAUUGAGCCACUGAAUCCACCGGACAAGAAAAAAGUUCCCAUUGAUCAUCAAUUAAAGUCUGAAAACAAAAGACGUGCUUUAGAUUGUGGAGCUGGUAUCGGUCGUGUUACCAAAAAUCUAUUGCUGGACUUUUUCCAUGUUGUAGAUCUUCUUGAUGUAAACCAAUCAUUCCUUGAAGAAGCUCGUAACCACAUUGGUCCAGAUAUUUAUGAUAAAAGGAUUGGUCAAGCUUAUUGUUCAUCAUUACAUGAAUUCAAGCCCAACGAAGGUAUCGAGUAUGAUGUAAUUUGGUGUCAAUGGGUUACUGGACAUUUAACUGAUACUCAUUUCAUCGAUUUCCUUCUAAAAUGUCGACAAAUAUUAAAGCCAGACGGAUUGAUCAUAAUAAAAGAUAAUCAUACUUCCUCAGAUGAAAUCGAUGAUGAUAUGAACGAUAGUUCAGUGACUAGACCACAUUGGCUUUAUAAGGACAUUUUCACAAAAGCUGGUUUAAAUUUAAUUUCAGAAAAAAGACAAUAUCAAUUUCCGAAAGGUUUAUAUCCAGUUAGAAUGUUUGCCAUGAAAGCAGAAAAGAUUGAAUUGAACCAAAAAUAACAUAACAAAAUCAACAAGGUUUCUAAAAUAGCGAAAAUUUAUUACGAUUCAAUCAAUUGUUGGUUUGAUUUGUUGUAAACUCAAUUAAUGCAUGAGAUCUAUUAAACUAAAUCUUCAGCAUUUUAA